UUAUACUUUUCAGAAACAUUAAAAUUUUUUUAAAUGUUUUUAGUAAAAUAUAACUUCGUGCUCGGUAUCUUCAUUUUUAUUGUUAGCAAACUAGCGACUUUCACGUGGAAUUUCACAGACGUUUUCAUCAUAUGGGUUGCUAUCGGUUUAGCCGAAAGAUACAAAAAGUUGAACAAACAAGUAAUAACUUCUGCUUCAAAGCAUCGAACAACAAUAGAUUGGUGUGGAAUUCGCCAAGACUAUACUGCUCUUAAUUGCAUGGUGAAAAAGGUGGAUAAUGACAUGUCACCCGUAAUUCUUCUGUCAUUCACAAAUAAUCUUUACUUUAUCUGUUUGCAGUUAUUAAACGGAUUUCAACCGGACAACAAUAGCAUUCUCAGCGAUAUUUAUUUCUUUGGGUCCUUCAUGUUCCUGAUUGGUAGGACAGUAACCGUCACUCUGCUCACUGCUAGAAUCAACGAUCAAAGCAAAGUGGUAUUGCCAGUUUUGUAUACGUGUUCGGCUUCCACCUACAAUGUAGAGACAGAAAGGCUGAUAUAUCUACUCACCACUGACGAUAUCGCACAUGGGAAUGCAUUUCUUUCUAUUACGCGGAAUUUUAUGUUAGCAGUGGCUGGUGCAAUCGUAACGUACGAAGUCGUGUUGCUGCAAUUCAACAUCGCGAUAAAACAAUGA